CAACACGUCCACCGUUCUCUUGUUGUUACUUGUUUAUCUGUUGUAAUUGUUUAUUUUGUUUUACGAUUACGGAAAAUGUUGUCUGUUUUCGCGAGUGCGGUUUUGUUAAGUUUUUUAAAGGUUUAAAUGUAGUGUUAUCCUGAGAACGUUGCGAGAUUUCCUAAAAGGCAGGACCUAGGAUAUUUACGAGCAGGGCAUUAAGGACAGACAAAAAUGUUGAUCCGCUGGAAAAACAAGGACAAGGAAAAAUGUGAUAAAUCCAAUCAGAAACAGGCACCGUCAAAUAGUCUGAAGAAAAAGCGGAAGUAUGGAAGAGACGGAGGUAAUGAAGAGUGGAGUAGUGAUGGCAAGUCAAACAAAUCGAAUGAAUCAGGUAGACUAGAGAAGGAUGGGGAAGUGAGGGGCAGGAGCCGCAACACGAGGAGAGACGACCCGAGGAGGCACACGUUGGGCGGCGGAGAUCAACAGUAUCUCGCGAUGGCGGGACAGGGAGGGCCACUCUCACGAACAAUGGAUUUAGAAGGACAGCCGAGAGGAUACGGUCUGCAUUCAAACGCGAUGCUGUUCGACGACGACCCCGGAAUAAUGUCCGAAGUGGAGACGAGCUCCACCGGAUUCCGUCGCGGCGGCAAACAAAGAAGCUCGCUGCCAGUUGUAAGAACACCAAGUAAAACACUCGAAAGACCAUUAGUUUAUCUUGUUUCAGGAUUAGUAUUUCUGCAAUAUCGAAACGAAACUAAAAGAGCCUUACUGCCAAAUGAAAUCACUUCCAUAGACACUGUAAAGGCCUUGUUCGUCAGAUCAUUCCCCAAACAACUAACCAUGGAUUAUCUGGACUCACCAAACGUCAAAAUCUACAUCCACGACUCAUCUAAGGACAUGUUUUACGAACUGGAAGACUUAAGGUCGCAUCUGCGCGAGAUCCGCGACCGUUCGGUGCUGAGACUGUUCGAAUCGGCGGACGUGUCCGGCGGACUUCCAAUGGCCGGCAUAGGGAUAGCCGGAGGCGUCGGACACUUCGAGGAUCCCAGCUACUUCUCGGAGCCGGAGUUCGACUCGGAGUAUCAGCAUCAGCACAUACACAAAAGCAAAGGAAGCACAAGUAAAAACAACGUGCCAUACUACAUGGGAUCCACAGCAAGCUUAACCAGGGGUGCCACACUGAUGAGGACAUAUUCACCAGCAAUCGGAAACGUACCAGCAGAUAGGCUUAAGCCUUUACCCACAGAUGGAUACAUGUCCUCUCCUGAAAGAAGUUCGAGGUACGAAGACCCGUACUACAGUCAAUACUCCACCAGGUCUGGCUCAAUCACUCCAGUCAUCGAUGAGGAAGUCAGGUUGGUUACUGAUCCAGGCAAGUCGAGUAAAACUGAAACUGAAAUUAUUUGCAGCGAUACUGAACUGAUCGAAGACUCGUACUCCUUGUACGGCGUCAAAUUAGGUCCUGGUGCCAGCAGGGGUUCAGGUAGGCCGUCGUUUCCGACACCGGCUGCCGUGCCAUACGACGCGACUCGGUAUGAAAUGACACAAAACAAUAGACUUGCGAAACAUGACAUUACAAUCAACAGAUUACGGGUGGAAAACAUGGAAAGACAGUUGGCCAAUUUGACCGGAUUGGUACAGAAGGCGCUCACCCAACCGGCUCCGCACUUGCAGGUUCCCGUUCGUGAUGGGUCUGAUGGAUAUAAAUCGGCUGAUGACAGUUAUCUACGUACAGAUAAUAAAACGCCUAAAUUGGGUAAAAGUGGUUGUCAUAAAUCGGUAUCAUUUGAAAAAUCAGUAUCAUUUAGUGAUGAGCCUCCAGACAUGAACUCGCCCAAACAACACAGUCCUCAACAUACAGCAGACACAAAACCUACUAAGCCUGCUAUCAAAUCAUCGACACUUCCCAGAACCUCCUCUCAAGAGAGGGACCGACUGAAACCGGCGCCUCCGCCAAAACCGUCAGCAAUGUCGCCCAGCCAAUACGACAACCGAAUUUACCGGGACUUGCUGCUGACGCCCGAAAUGUACAACCAGUUCAGGGGUCUGCAGAAGAAGGCGAAGGACUUACGUGCUGAGGUGAAGAAUUUACGCAGGAUGUCCCAGGCUCAGGCCCACUCAGUCAAGGAGACUAUCAGGGAUGCUUUCAUCAACAUUAGGGCCAUGCUGAUUGCCGGGGAGGAUCAAAUUUGGCAAACCGGUAUGGACCAAGAACGUGUACGUCUGACCAGAGACGAAGACUUGUACAAGCAGGAGAUGUUGAAGUUGGAAAACGACUUAGGUGACCUAGAGACGACGGUUGAGGAGUUGAGGAGUAACGUCAUCAACAGGAAGACCAGGGUGAACAUGUCGGACGUGGAAAACAUGGCGUUAAUCUUAAGUAAAAGCUCAAAAACUGUGGCGGACCUCAAACUAAGGUUCCCCCGACUGCAAGAAGGGAUGAAGUCGUUCCUAAAUACGGAAAUGGAGAAAGUCAUGAGGGAGGAGAAGUUCCUGAAAGAGGAGCCGGAACGACUGGAAAGCGCCUUAAGGCGAUGCAAGAAGCUAACCGGGACUUUGGUCACCUUAAAAAGGUUGGCGAGCGUGCAAGAACAACGAUUACCGUGUCCCAAUUCGUCGAACGAAGAUCCGAUUUCACCAAUUCCCCCAGACACCCCCAUCACACCUACGUCAUCCACCCAAAGCAAGUGUGCCAGCGGCGGCGGGGGUGGCAACUGCUCCGUGGGACCGUCAACUGUCGGGGGAGGCCCUGAUUGCGGCAUCGGCGGCGACAAUUCCCAACAACGUCCGGAGAACGCACUCGACGCUCUGCUAGACGAAUUGCAAACGUUCGCGAAACCGCCGCCACCCGGCAAAAGUGCACAUCCCCCGCACAUGUCAGAGAUCGGUCGCAGCGGCUCAAUCGAUUCUGUAUCGUUAUUGCCGCAUCCGCCGCAACACCAGCCGACCAGUCAGCAAAACCUGACGGUCAGCACGUCGACGGGAAGUCUGAGACGUCUGCACUCGUACCCCAGCGGCUCGGACACCGACAACAGCCCCCCAAUUCAGCCCAUGAUGAGGGAUAAAAGUAAGUUGGGGAAGCCCCCUUUGCCGGAGCGGACAGUGAGCAGUGGGAGCGGGGAUUCACAGCCGAUCAGCACUUUGGGCAAACGAGUGCCGCCCCCUCCUCCACCACGGACCAGUUCUAAGUCACCCUUGGCUUCUCCGACGUCUCCAGUUUUACCACCGAGGGCUCCGAUCAACCAGAACAACGUGCAAACCAUUCCCGAGAAGCCCCAGUCUCAGUUCGAGCAAGCAACGCAGAACCUCGGCUUGCACACCCUCAGGAGGAAUCUGGCCGCGAAGCAGAAGAAGGAAAAAGACAAGGACAAGUCUCAGACUUUACCCAGGAACAUCGGUUCCAACCUACAGGCUGCCCAAACCGACUUGGAUCAACUCGCAUCAGUAAGCACAAGCAGUAGUUGCGAAAGCAUCAACUCCCAAGACGGCUCCAAAAAAAACCGCACUGAAGAACUGGAGCAACGGCACCAAGAACUGCUUAAGAAGCAAAAGGCUUUGCAGGAACAGUACGCGAGGUUGCAGCAGCUCCAAAGAGGCAAUAACACGUUGGCGUUUGUACCACCGGCACCGGACCAACUGCUGAAGAAGACCGGCAGCGAAUCGAAUUUGCUGCAGAAGAUGGGUCUGCAAAUGUCCACGUCGCUCAUUACAGGAUCGUUGACCAAUCUUCCCAAAACCACAACUAGCACGCCCUCUACCUUGAACAAUCAAUCAAAUACCAAUAAUCCAACUCCUCAAAACUCCAACCCCAAUGAAAAUGAAUGUAAUAGUUUAAAAAGUUCAAAGGUCUAUGAAACUGAUAUACUAUGACCUAUUAAAAAGUAUUGUUACUUAUUGUUUUAAUUUAAUCAUUUAUGAUUUGUUUGAUAUUAUUUAAUAUAUUCAUAUCAUACGA